CCACUCAAUGCGAAGAAGGGAUCCGACGUAUCGCGAAGAAGAGCAAGAGAGGAAUACACUUGCACACUCUAUCCAUCGGAUGAAUGCGACAUUUCGGGAAGGAGAACAAGAGAGGGAUACUGUGGCUCGAUCUGUUCGGAGAAUGGAUCCAACAUACCGGGAGGAGGAACAACAGAGGGACACUUUGGCCCACUCUAUUCGGAGAAUGGAUCCAAGAUACCGGGAGGAGGAACAGCAGAGGGACACUUUGGCCCACUCUAUUCGGAGAAUGGACCCAAGUUACCGGGAGGAGGAACAACAGAGGGACACUUUGGCCCACUCUAUUAGGAGAAUGGAUCCAACUUACCGGGAGGAGGAACAACAGAGGGACACUUUGGCCCACUCUAUUCGGAGAAUGGAUCCAACAUACCGCGAGGAGGAACAACAGAUGAACACUUUGGCCCAUUCUAUUCGGAGAAUGGAUCCAACAUACCGGGACGAGGAACAACAGAGGGACACUUUGGUCCAUUCUAUUCGAAGAAUGGAUCCGGCGUAUCGUGGAGAGGAACGAGAAAGGGACUCUUUGGCAAGAUCUAUUCUGCGACAAAAUGAAGAAUACCGCCAAGUCGAAAGAGAGAGAGACACAGCAAUGCACCGAGUACGUCGAAGAAAUCCAGUUUUCCGUAUUAUGGAACAAGAGCGGAACACUUCAGCUCGUCGUGUCACCAGACAAGUUGCUAUGCAAAUGCAAGAAGCAGAAAACAGGAUGAGAAGUUGCCGCGUCCUUAUUCAUCGUAUGAAUCCUACAAACAGAGAAAAUAUAAACAUGAGACAAGCUCUGAGAAGUUCAGCAAGGAGAAGAAAUUUGUCGCCGGAAUCGAGGUCACAACAACAAAUUCAAGAUACUUUGAGGUGCAGAGCUAGGAUAAUUUCCAAUUUUUGCAAUAUUAUCAAGAGCGGACCCACAGAAACCAGUUUCCAUCUGAUAACGAUAUAUAUAAAUUCUGCAACACAUGCCACAAAAUAAUCAAUGCGGGGAAGGUUCCUUCUAUGUGUCUCUCAGAAGGUCUACAUUUUCCAGCUAUUCCGAGUGAACUUCAGGGCUUGACGUCGCUGGAAGAAAGGUUUGUUGCGCCACGAAUUCCCUUUAUGAGAAUAGUUUCAUUGGGUUAUAAUCGACAGUGUGCUGUAAGGGGUGCAGUAGUAAAUGUCCCCAUUUCACUCGAUUCCACCGUCAACGUCCUUCCAAGAACGGCCGAUCAAACUGAAGUUAUCCAGGUUCAUUUGAAGCGAAGAAUAUCUUACACACACUAUUUUAUGUCUGAAACGAUUCGGCCCGGCAAAAUUUUCGAAGCAGCGAGAUACCUUAUUGAAACGGAAUUGUACAGGAAACAUGAAAUUUGUAUUUCAUCUGAAUGGUUG